CUCGGUGUAUUAUAUACCGUGAUGACAUAGAUACUCUGUGUAUUAUAUACCGUGAUGUUUACAUACUAGUUCUAGUACAUACAUGAAGAAGGAAAUAGGUCCAGAUUUUCGUACUGCUUCAAACAGCAUUCCGCACCAGGAUGCAAAUGAGUUAGCUACAACACCAGGAAGGCAAAGUGUUAAUCGCAUGAUGAAUAACAACCGUAGUGCAAGCACAACUUGUUUACUCGGUUCGCUCGUGCUAUCGUCAUAGUUUCGAAAUCUUCGCGCGUCUUUUUCACAGGCGCGCUUAGAUGAGAGGUCGUGGCAUUGUGUCUUCGUUUCAUUUCGUUCUCUCGACGUUACAGCGAGACUUGAUUUGUUGUCCUGAUGCGCAGUUCUGAUGGUACUUUUCGAUUCGUGUGCGCAUCGAUCGAGAAAGGGAGCACUGCAUUUUACUGCUGCGACGCAAGAGAAAUUCAUCAGUUGCACAUCUGAAAAACGUUAUAUCUUAGGAAACCCGAAGUGAAGCCAAGAGUACCAAGUACGACCACAACAGUAUCAAAAGACCUCUCUCCUUUCACGACAAGAAUUAUGGGCAUUCUUCAAACGGCGUUGUUUGAUCAUAUGGAUCAUCAUACUGGAUGCUACGAUACUGCUCCCUCACUGGUGCAUUCAGGAACAAUAUUGGGCACACGUGGUGGUCGUGGCUCGUUGACCGGCUCCAGUUCCUUCAUCACUACGAGCACGACAGACACAGCAAAUUUCCAAGGCAUAAAUCACUAUCUUCCACCUCAACCAUUACCGACGACAAUACAGCUAGAGGGACACACUUCAUUCGCAAGUACUUCUACUUUAUCAAGUGCAAGUAGUAGGGGCCCAACAUCGUUCUUCAUGCGGCAUGCGGCGCCACCCGUGCUUCCAGCGCAACCAGACGAUGACAUAUGGAACGCUGCGUCGGAGCUAAAACAUACCUACGGGUAUCGAGAAAUCAAGAGGAAGGUACUCACUUUUCGUUAAUACAACAAUACUCAUCUAGAAAAAGAAAAAAUUAGUUUCCAUAAGGCGGAGCAAGCAUUCGCACUACUGUUGUUCGUAAUGAGCGUGAUGUUCAUUAGUUGUAUUCGAACUAUGAAGUAGAGGAGGUAGCUAUUGUGAAUGGUUCUGGUAUUUGGUAUAGCCUGAAUUUGAUCCUAUGGGAAAACAAGAAGAGAACCCUUAGGAUCAAAUUCAGGUUACCAAAUACCAGAACCAUACAUAUUGCCACGACCCACUUUCGUUCCAGAUCAACGUCGUUUCCUCAUAUGCCGCUACCGCUUGUCUAGCUGCUAUGGGACUGGGGUAUGUCGCGAGCCUUCUGAUGCCUACUGAACCAGCGAGGAAAAAAAGGAAGAGGCCAGAAUGAGGCACUUUCGCUCUCUGUAGCACUUCAAAUCUAAUGACAACGAAUAUUUGUGAUUUUUGAAAAACUAGAGAACUUUUUUUUUUUUGCUCGGUCACGACUGCCGAGCCUAUUUCGGGUAGCUAUCACCACAGAAAUACGCGAUAUGUAGUCGGAUUCAACAUCUAAAUCUUGAACAGACACCUAAAGAUAAUGACAUCAUUCAAACAAUGGGGUAAAGUUAAAAAAAGAUUAAUCUACUUUUCAACAAGAUUUCGACUAUACUUUGCAUAUAUCGUUCGUCGAAAUACUCACCAACAAAUAAGUCGAUCUAGGUUACCAACAAAUCCUUGUUUCUUGAUGCUAGUAAUUCAUUUACUUUCGGAAGUUACACUUCCAGGCAAUGAACACAGACACAUAAUCGAUCUCUAUGUAUGACGGAGCAGUCGGCCCUGAGGGAUCAAGGAGAUGAAGAUGAUAUCUUUUAUGCAGCGAAACCACGACUACUCCUGCAAUGAAAACAGUCAGAUGUCACAGAUGUUACGCUUAGUGAACAACAAUUUUCUUUUCCGCUAAAAAACGUGGAGACC